CACAAGGCUGGAAAGAUGAAGGGUGCGUCUGGAUUAGUAAAUUAUCAAGAUUAGUAAAGUGCAAACAAGAUCCAGAUGUGCAAAGGUCGAUUAUUUAUGCAAGGCACUAAAUUUAUGUACACACUUUACCUGAAGGCCUCCCAACCAGGCAGUUCACUCUCCCCCGAGUGAUAUGUGUGCAGUCAUACCUCCCUAUACCUGUCUAUUUUUAGAUCCUGGAUCAAACAAAUCAACUGUUAUUAAUGUGCAAACUGAACAAAAAUAUAUAUUAAUUUUCUUAUGUAAUGUGAAGUUUCAUAUUUCUGACAUAGUUUCCUAAUUUGUGCUCACUGAAAUGUUCUUCACAAAAGCAUUGUGAGAGGUAGAAUGCCUGUGAAGCAGUGGCUGUCUAUAGGUUGCAUGGUAUUGAUUAUCACCAGCUGGAAACACUGUGUUCCACAUUCUAAUCUUGCGCCACGUCAAUUCCCUUCCAACACCUUGAAGUCGCUCUUAUCUAUUGGUCAGAUCUAGGCUAGCCCCGCCCCUCUCUUCUCUGGCCGCUCUGUGACCAUCUUUGGUAACACUUGGAGAAAUGAGACCGGGUGAUGUCAUCCAACCAUAUCACGUGCCUCCCCCUCCCUUCACUCAACUCGGUGACAGCGAUGAGCCCGUUCCUUCCUGGAUGGGUGUGCGGCCAUCUUUACUGCUGGCAGAAUGUUUGGCAUUCCCACAGAUUUGGGCUCUGUACGGAGUGUUUUAUGACACCUGGUUUAAGGGUCUAAGUUGGGACUCUAGUUUAGCUCUCACUGGGAAGCGCAGGGGUCGCAGUGCGUUUCUAUUGCGGACUUCGUGCCAGAAACAAAUAUGAAGGCGCACCGUAAAUUACUGUGUACUGCCAGAGCCCUCCUGGGGCUGAUAGGGGAUAGUGAUGCAGGAAUUUCAAAAAGAGAAGUGAACCGCAAAUGCCUUAUAUCCGCCCCAUCCCUGGCCUGGGUGUCUCCCUCCCCUGUUAGUGUCAGGAAGAGGCUCGGCGCGGUGCAUGCUGGGGAGCGGCGGCACACCGGAAGUGGGGCAGUGAGUGAGCAGCAGCGGAGGUGAGCAGGGCGGGGCUGCUGGAAGGUAGAGCGAGAAGAGAAUAGCGGGCAGGUGUGAGCGUGCUCGGGGUGUCAGUGAGUAUGGCAGCCUGUAUGGGGGGUGUACAGUACAAUAUACAGUCUGUAUAUGGCGGGGGGUGGAUGGUAUGGGAUGGUAUGGGGGUGUACGGGCAUGAUACGGUGUUAUAGCAGAAGCCAAGUUUGGGCAUAAACUAGAGAUUGCAUGUAUUCCAUGUGUCAGCACUCAUAUUCUAUGUAUUUACGAGUUCUGCAUAAUGUCCAUGUCUCAUUAUCGUACGAAGUCAGAAAUCUAAGGUUUCCACACUAAACAGGAUUGGGAAAUAUUGGUAGUGGUGCCCAAGAGCUGACACUCUAGUAUAUAAAUGGACAGGUGGUCUUGUGGUGCUGUGUAUGGCUAUCAGCACACUCCGUGUAGAAAGUCUGGGUGGGAUCGGAAAUAAGACUUUCCUUUCAGCACAGCAUGUACUAAUAAGUGCACAGUAAUGACUUCCUGUGUUGAGAAGAUACUUUUCACAAAGUACGCUCUGCAUACUAGACAUGACAAUCGUUUAUUCAUUGCCUUCGAGAAAACUUAUAUGUGCCCUAUGAACUAGGUUUUUUUGGCUCCCUCAAUCUUUCCUUUUAUGCAAGCUAUACUGAAAGAACCACUACAUUUUGAUUGUACAUUAUUAAAGGUAGUAUUGUAUAGGCAAAGUAAUGCAUUUUUCUUUGUUUAAAAAAAAAAAAAAAAGUUCUCGAGGAAUGUGCAGGUUCUGCGCUCAGACAUGUCAGUUCCUUAGCUGGCUUUGCUUUAACUUGGUUGUGUAACACGAAGGGGUAGCUGAUAACUGAAACUUUACUUUUGGUGGGUAAACUUCCCUUUCCUGGUGUCUAAAACGUGUUUUCACAAAUAUAUUUGCAUAUAUGCAACAUUUUGACCGCUUGUAAAGGCAAAAAUGACUUAUUUUUUUUAUUGUUGAUAUGCAAAACAACCCAUCGACAAUUAAAAAAUGUUUUAAAGAUCCAUAUUUUGAGCACAUAAUUCACUGCCCUUGAGAUUUGCCUGCUCCAGGAAGUAGGCCUCUCCUUCUGGUCUAUGGGGAAAAAUCAUAAAAUUUAUUUUCUCAUUUUACUGCUUUGUUCAUUCAUUGCCUUAGAGAAAAUUUGUAUGUGUCAUAUGAACACCACUUCUGCUAAUUAAAAAAAAUGAAAAGUCCUGGACUUGUUUUUAACAUCUUAAAAUAAAGAUUGGAUUUUUUUUUUAACUCCGUGAGUGCUGCUACCUUUUGGAUACUAGAGCCCUGGUUAUUUAGAACACCGGCAAUAAAAGGACCACUAUAGGCACCCAGACCACUUCAGCUUAAUGAAGUGGUCUGGGUGCCUGGUCCACCUAGGGUUAACCCAUUUUUUUUUUUUUUUUUUUUAAAUAUAUAAACCUAGCAGUUUCAGAGAAACUGCUAUGUUUAUAAAUAGGUUAAUCCAGCCUCUAGUGACAGCCGCUAGAGGCGUUUGCAUGCUUCUCACUGUGAAAAUCACAGUGAGAAGACGCAAGCGUCCAUAGGGAAGCAUUAUGAAUGCUUUCCUAUGAGACUGGCUGCGCGCGCAGCUCCGGCUGCGCAUUCAGCUGUAGAGGAGGAGAGCUCCCCGCCCGGCACUGGAGAAAGAGGUAAGUUUAACCCCUUCCUCUCCCCAGAGCCCAGCGGGAGGGGGUCCCUGAGGGUGGGGGCACCCACAGGGCACUAUAGUGCCAGGAAAACUAGUGUUUUUCUUGGCACUAUAGUGGUCCUUUAAGGGAAAUUUAAGCGUGAGUGCAAGAGACUUCUUUUGUAUGUGUGUAUAUAUGUAUGUGUGUGUGUGUGUGUGUGUGUGUGUGUGUAUAUAUGUAUAUGUGUGUAUAUAUAUAUAUAUAUAUAUAUAUAUAUAUAUAUUUUUAUUUUUUUUUUCCAUUCCUAGCAUUAGAAGGGAUAUGCAUUAUGAAGAGAUGCUCAGUAGUAGUUUUCAAACUUUUAAUGUCUACCGAGAGAUUGGUGUCCUUUUCUAAAUUACAUUAAAAAAAUUGACUUAUUUUGUGUCCUAAAAACAAAUGCUUCUUAUUCCUCCUUCAAAGUUUUAAACCAUGGCAGACAUGCAAAGUCUGGUUACUCGUCUGGAGAAAGCUGUGGUGAAACUUGAAAGCCUUGCUGCAGGAUCAGUUGGUGCAGUUGAAUCUGCAGGUGAGCAUAAACAAGCUUUCAUUGCAAAUUUAAGUGUAUUAUAUUCUUUAUUACACUUUUAAUCACUGUCAUAAACUUAUCUGUAGAUGCAGCCAAGUAUGUCCAGGCAUACGAUUCCCUAAUUAAUGGACCUGUGGGAGAAUUCCUAAAAUACAGCAGUGAUAUUGGAGGAGAUGUAAAGACACAGGUAAGUGUCAAGUUACUGAUAUUAUGUUAAUGAAGUGUGAUCUCUCCAUUAAUUAGGUAGUUGAGCACCAGUAUGAGAGUUUUGUUGCCUAAAGUGACUGGAUAUGAUGUGGCAAAAUCUUGAGUCACAUGUGGCUUGAUCCAUAAGAAGAUUGGUGGGCUAUAAAGGAGUAGUAAGAAAUAUAUCAACAUUGGUAUUGUUGGGUGACCGAUGUUUUUUGAAAAGCAUGUAUGGUGACUAAUGACUGAUAUGUCUUUAUUGAUCAGAAAGGCAUAUAGCAUCAGUGGUGUGAGUGCAAUAGUAAUAAACUGAUGAGACUCGUUUUAAAGGAACACUAUAGGGUCAGGAACACAAACCUGUAUUCCUGACCCUAUAGUGUUAAAACCACCAUGCCCCUCCCUCCUUCCCCACUAAAUAUAAUAUCGUACUUUUAUUCCAGUCUGAAUCUGCUGGCUCACCCCUGAUCUGGCUGAAAUAAUCAGAAGUGAUUCUCUGAGCCAUCACAAUGUUUUUCCAUAGGAUUGGCUGAGACUGUCAUGGAGGCAGAUCAGGGGCAGAGUCAGCACAAGCCAAACACAGCCCUGGUCAAUCAGCAUCUUCUCAUAGAAUUGUAUUAAAUCAAUGCAUAUCUGAGUAAUGUUCAGUGUCUCCAUGCAGAGGGUGGAUACACUCAAUGGUAGUGCUGCAGCCAUAUGAGUGGCCAGUGGAUGUGUCCCUGAGCUGUAAUGUAAACACUGCAUUUUCUCUGAAAAGACAGUGUUUACUGCAAAAGGGAAUGAUUAUACUCUCCAGAACAAAUACAAUAAGCUGUAGUUGCUCUGGUGAAUAGUGUGUCCCUUCAAGAAUGAAAACAUUUGUAGAGCGAACAGAAUGUGUGGUUUAUAUAGCUGGCAGGGCAUUCACUAAUUGCCCUGUUUUGUUUUUUUCUUUUAGGCUGAGAUGGUCCUCACUGGUAUAAAUUUACAGCGGGAAGUUCUGGUAAAAGCAUCUCAGUGUCAGCAGCCAGCAGAUGUAAGUGGUUAGGUUCUUUGCUUGUUGGCUGUAUCUUGUGUGGGUUUCCCCCUCAUAUUCUCCAACUGUACCAUCUAAAAAAAUUUUUUUUUUCUUCUCUAUCAUAGAAGGAUCUGUCUACUUUUCUUGCACCUCUGUCUAGCAAGAUUCAGGAAAUCCAAAAUUUUCGAGAGAAGAAUCGAGGAAGUAAACUGUUUAACCAUCUGUCAGCAGUUAGUGAGAGUAUUCCAGCCCUAGGCUGGGUUGCAAUGGUGAGUGAUGCAAAGAAGUAGAUUAAAAGGACAUGCCAUUGCCCAAAUGUAUUCAUUAAAAAAAAAAAAAAAUCACUCUUUGUAGAUAAACUCCAAAUGAAAACGUGUGUGUGAGAUUUUUUUUUUUUUUUUUCCCUUCUAAAAACAACUUGCAAAAGCUGCAGAUCUCUUGUCUCCUGCCUCUUUUGCAAGUUCUCCCCUUUUUACCCCACUCAGAUUUUUUGUGGCUGUCCAAUCAGACUUCCUAAUGCAGCUCAAUGAGAAGUCUUUUCAAGGCAGGUGAUCUGGCCAGUUGACUGCCUCUUGAGUUUAACAUUGGUGCACUGAUCAGGGUUGACUAAAAUGACUGACAAAUGAGGAAUAUAUUGCACUCUUGACAAUCUCCAAAGUAAUGAAUAGAUACUGUUUUUAGUUAAUUAUUAUAUAAAAUGUUAAAGGGACAUUAGUCACCAAAACAACUUUAGUUUUACUGAAGCAGGUUUUGUGUAUAGAUCAUGCCUCUGAAGUCUCAUUACUCAAUUCUAAGCCAUUUAGGAGUUAAAUCUCUGGUUCGUUUUUGUAGCCCUAGCCACACCUCCCCUGGCUGUGACUGACACAGCAUGCAUGAAAACAGAGUAGUUACAUUUUCAAUCAGAUGUAACUUUUUUUUUAUUCUUUAUUUUGUAUUGACAUACAAUAAAGGAGACAAAAAUUUGCAGAUAUAUUCGGUAACUAACAGAAACAGUUUAAAAUCAGAUCGUAUAUUCCGCUUUUUGACAUAUAAAGCUUACUGUGAUGACAUAUGUAUCGUAAUUGUCGUGUCUGAUUUGCGUGUUGUUAUAGGUGGUAUCUGGCUUUCUCUUUUUUUGUCAUGUGCUAAGCAUUAUUUUGUUCCAUCAUCGGAGAUCGCCUAACACUGCGGUGUAUGGCGAGGAAAGAUCGCCAACAAUUCCGACAUUCCAUGUUUGCAAUAUGUCUGUCUCUCAAGAAUGCCUCAUGGUGGUCAAUAUUUUCGAUUUUUAUGAAACAAAGAAAGGAAAAUGUUAAGAUCCGAAAGGGUGGAGAGGGGAUGGGGCUUUCCAUGAAUGGAGUGGGUAGUUUGUCAGGCGGGGACAUGUUUGUAUUAACUUCCCAGGUUAAAGCUUUCCCAGGGUUCCCAGAUCUUCUGAAAAGUUUAAGGAGCCCCUUAUCCUAGCCGUUAGGAUAAAAGAGGUCCACUUGAUGGACAACCUGUUUAUCACUCCUGCCAACCUGUUUAUCACUCCUGGUGGUGUGCCUGGUUUAAGCUAAUUUGAGGCUACGGCUCUUCUAGCUGUUAAUGUAAUUUUGUGGAUGAGCUUUUGUUCAUGCCUAGUCCAAACAUCUAUGGAUCUGUUUAAUAAGAAUAGCCAUGGAUCUAGGUCUGGGGCUCUAGAAAAAACCUGCGACAACAGGGCCUGUAUUCGUUUACAAAAUUUUACCAUCUGAGGGCAUUCCCACCACAUGUGGACAUAAGUCCCCCGCAGGCUGGCACCCCUCCAGCACACAUCUGUAGGGUUUUUUCUCAUUUGAUGUAGUUUAACCAGUGUAGUAUACCAGCAAAGCAUAGUUUUGACAGAUUGUUCCUGUCGGGUAACGCAUACGGAAAAGGUAUGGUUAGCCUUCCAAAUCUCUUGCCAUUAUAUGCCUUCCAGUAUUUCCCCUAGGUCUUUCUCCCAUUGAUCCGUAUAGGCUAGCUUACCCCAAUCCCCGGCUUCUGAACAGAGGUGAGCAUAUUUAAGCUUUAUCAUGCCUUUAGGUAUGGUUUCUUGAAGGCAAAUGCGUUCAAAGAAAGUCUUCUUUUGCAGGGCUGCCACUUUGAUGUGUGCUAAUUUUGCAUAAUCUUUAUGUUGAAUGUAUCGGAAAAAAUCUGAGGGGGUAAGGUGUCCCGCUGUCUAAACGUAUCAAAAGGUAUGACCUCUGAUACAAUUGGCAAGUGCGUUUGUAACCCUAUUCGCUCUAAAUUUUUGAAGGCUCUAGCUGUCAUUCUGGGGGCAAAGGCCUUAUUGCGUAAGUAUGGCAUUAGAGGAGACGGGUCAGAUUCUAAGUGAAACUUAUGUUUAAGGGAGUCCCACAUCCUCAAUGAGUUGAUUAGUCGGGCAGGUGACCCUUAUCUCGGGUCUGUGUUCUUUAGGGACCCACAUGAGCUGUGCAAUAUCCGCGCCCGUCAUGAGAGAUUCCACGUCUGCCCAUUUUCGGUCUCCUGGGGGAAAGUGCCACUUGAGUCAAUUGAGUCGCUGCGUAAUAGUAAUAUAUGUUUGGGAGACCCAGGCCCCCUCUUGUCUUUGGCCUAUGUAGAAUGUAUCUGGAAAUUCUGUGACUUUUGUUCUGCCAUACGAAGGACCCUAUAGCCCGCUGCAAGGAUGAUCUGAGGACGCGGAUGGGCAGCACUUGAAACAAAAAGGCAAGAUGUUCAUUUUAACAGCGUGAAUUCUGCCUAUCCACGAGAUGGGUCUGAGAUGUAACUUAUUUUAAACGUUUUUAUCACUUGCUCUGUAAUUUGAAUUUUAAAGGAACACAAACGUGUAUUCCUGACCAUAUAGUGCAAAAGCCACCAUUCAGGUGGCUUGCCGCCUCAGAAUGGGUUAUUAUUUUCAGCUCUCCAUGGGUCCGUCCGCGCUGGGCCUGUCCCAUUGGUGACAUUAUCAGAAUUGACUAUUUAGCCAAUUCAAUGCUUCCCUUCCACGAGGGGGCGGAGCCAAACACUGUUUAGGCCAAUCAGCACCACCUCAUAGAGAUGCAUUAAAUCAAUGCAUAGUGAGGAAAAUUCAGUGUUCCUAUGCAGAGCGUGGAGACUCAGUGCUGCACAGUAGGCAGCAGUACCGUUCAAAGACAGAAAGCACCUCCAGUGGCUACUUGAGGAGUGGCCACUUGCAGUUGUCCCUAGGGGCAAUGUAAACACUGCCUUUUCUAUUUGUAUGAAAAUGCCUGAAGGCAAUGAUUAUACUUACCAGAACUACUACAUUAAGCUGUAGUUGUUCUAGUGACUAGUGUCCCUUUAAUUACAUACAGUAGGCUCCUGCAGGGUCUACAAGUAAGAGAUAAGAAAUUCUAAAUUAAAUAUAAUUUGCAAUAAAGGAAGUGUAAACAUUAGCUGAUUAUUUACAGGAAAAUGUUCAGGAACAGGAAAUGUUGAGUCACAUGCAGGGAGGUGUGACUAGGGAUGCAUAAACAAGUGAUUUAACUCCGAAGUAGCAUUGAAUUGAGCAGUGAGACUUAGGGGUGCAAUCUACACAUCAAAACUUCUACAUUAAGCUGAAGUUGUUUUAGUGACAAUAGUGUCACUUUUAACCCCUUCGCAGGGCGCAUGACAGAAAAUUUCUGACAUUUACUAAAGUUAACCCCAGAUCACCUUAAUCUCUGGGUUAACGCUGCUCCAGUCUGCCUUCGUUAUAUCAGGCAGACGAGCAACACUCGAUUGCGCCGUCCCUGCAGCUGUGAUUGCUGUAGGGAAUCCUGGUCCGACACCCUGCACUUUUGUGUUCAGUGUGAAGUGCAGGGAGAUGGACCAGUGCUGAUCUUCUCUCUGCAAAAAAACAAGUAGUUUAAAAUUCCACCCCUUUUACCUUGCUUAAAUAAACAUUUAUCUAUGUGUUGCCAUUUGAUCACGGACUGCAGUGAUCAAAAUACAGAUCACAGUAUUUUAACCCUCAAGGGCUAAAUUUAUUUAACCCCUUAAGGACCAAACAUCUGGAAUAAAAGGGAAUCAUGACAUGUCACACAUGUCAUGUGUCCUUAAGGGGUUAAUUAAACAUUUUCAAAUUAUAUAUUUAGUGAGGUGAGUGGGAAAUUGUUUACUGCUAGGUUAGUUAGAGGUUAACAGUAAAAAAAACAAAGGGGAAAAAAAUACAUUAAACAAUGCUCAUUACCACUAUACCUUGAACAAAUUAGUGAAAAAUUGAUCCCACACUAACUUUCAAAAUAGGCCUUUUGAAAUACCUUGGGAUGUCUUCUUUAAGAAAUGGCAUGCCUUUAUGGUCUAGCUGGAAUAUGUAGCCUGCUCAAGUGCUCCAAAAUGGAACAUGGACCCAUCUAUGAAAAUUCACACUUAAAAACCUGAACUUGUCAUGUCUCUUUUACAGCACUAACGUCACAAAAUAGUGUCUAGGCCAGGCAUAGGCAACCUUCGACACUCCAGAUGUUUUGGACUACACGUCCCAUGAUGCUUUGCUAGCGUUAUGGGUGUAAGAGUCCCAUUGUACAGUGCUACGGAAUCUGAUGGCGCUAUAUAAAUAAAAUCAUAAUUAAGAGCAUUAUGGGAGAUGUAGUGUUAGAAAUACCCUGCAAAAAUGUAAAAAUGUAUUUAUGUAUUCUUUUCCCCUCACCACAAACAGUGACCUAAAUUGGUGAAAAAAUUGUGACCCAUUAAGGCACAAUAUAUGCCAUAUAAGAUAGACUGGAGUGUCUGCUUUGUCAAAUAGAAGCCCUUUGUAAUGUUAUUUGAACAGUGAAACUGCUAUAAUGCCCCAAAAUGAGACAUAGAAUUUGAAGGGAUGGAUUUGAAGGGCCUAACGAUAGAAAUUUAUCUUUUGUCUCUUAUAUGUAGCUUCACAGAAUAGUGCCAAAGGCAUACAAUGGAGCUAUCAUUAUACUCAGCAGAUGUAGCUGAACACAAUAUGUGGUUCUGUACAGGAAUAACACACGAGCUUUACGAUAUACACAUUAAAAAAUAAAUGUGUAUAUGCCAAAAUACAGGAAAAAAAACAAAAUUUUACUCCAAUAUUUAGCAGAGAUUGCCAAUGAAGUGACUUCAUAAAGUGUAAAAAUCUUGGUUAAGUGGCCUGUGAUGUCUACUUGACAUAAAUAUAUACUUUUGUGUGGCAACUUUUUUUUUUUUGUGAUGCUACUAAACUUAGAAGACAAACAUACCAACCUUUAAAAUAUUUCACAUUUUAAUUUUUUUUUGAAUUUGACAAUUUUUAUUUAGCCAUGCAGCUGUGUUACAUUUGUGCUGGAAGUUUGGAUAUUCUGAUCAUGCUUACAUACAUGGUGUGGUAAUUUGGUAACAUCAUGGUAAACCUUCCAAUACUACUUAACAACUUUAGGUACAUGAAUCUUGCAGCUGCAUGUCUCAAACUUUUUUGGGGAGAAAGUAUAGUUAUAGGGGGGUAUAGAGAGGGGGGAGACAGAGAGAGGGAGGGGGGGUAGGGAGGUGCAUCCAUGGGUGUUUCUUGGAGGUAUAACCCAAGGGUUCGCAGGUGAUUUGGUAGGGGUUCUUGUAUGGUGAAGAGCUGGUGGGCGGCAAGUUUCUUCUACUUCUCGGAGUCUGAUCUUUCGUGGUUCCAGACCAGGGCUCCCCAGUCCCCCGCCACGGAUUUUGCCUUUGUCCGCUAGUAGUCAAUGUGUUGCGGUAUUGUCAGCUUGUUUUAUGUAUCUAUCCCACAGUAGUUGCGCUUUAGCUAAUGCAGGCCUCGGGCCAAAUUGGAGUUGAUACAUGGCCUCAUAAGACCAGUUGAGUGCGAUUUGGUUAUUUAAAUGUGUACAUGACGGUAUGUCUUUGGAUUUCCAGUGUCUCGCUAUGAGUAUAUGUACUGAUGCUAGCGUGUGGUACAGUAUCGCUUGGUGAGCUUUGGGCAUUCUGUCGGGGAAUACGUACAGCAUGCAUUGCGCAGGGUUUUUGUCCACUUGGUAGCCUAGUAUAUCUGAUACGAUAAGUAUGGCUUGUGUCCAGAGCGGUGCGAGUGCGGGGCAUGUCCACCAAAUGUGGAACAUCGUGCCCACUUCUUUCUCACAGCGCCAGCAUAUGUUUGUAGAGGCUGGCCAUAUUUUGUGUAUUUUUUCUGGCACUAGGUACCAACGGUACAGUAGUUUCCGUUGUAUUUCUAGGUGUUGGGCGCAUGAUGUCAGGCCUUUGUGUGCUGAGUAAGCUUUUUUCCAUUGUUCUGGGCUUAGCUCUAUGCCUAGGUCUGUGUGCCAUGCCUUUUGGUAGUUGUCUUGGAUCGGUGGUUGGUUGUGUAAGAUUAAGUGGUAGCAUGAGGAUAGGGACUUGGCGUUGGGUUUGUUAGAAAGGCACAUGUUUUCGAACUUAGACAUUAGUUCUUGCGGUACCUUCUCAGGGGCUCUGGGAGGGUUAUGUUUUAGUAGGGACUUGAUUUGCAGGUAGGAGAAUAGGAGUUUCGCGGGUAGGUCAAAUUGUUCCUGUAAGCUAGGGAAGGUUUUGAGGUGCUCCCCAUCAUACAAUUGUAGUACAUGGGUGACGCCUUUCUCUAUCCAUGUCUUGUGGUAAAAGGUAGGGAUCAUCAGGCUGAUGGAUUGCAUUGGGGUCGCUAGCGGUAUCUUUGGAUGGGUAACUAAAGUGUUCCUUACCCCGUCCCAUGUGUCUAUCAGCAACCGAGUAGUGGGGAGGCCUUGGAACGGUCUUGGUCUCCGAGCGCUAUCAGUCCAGAAAGUAUGACGUAUGUGGUCUACGUUAAGCCAAAAGGCUUCUAUUCCUGCCCAUUGGGGUGUGUAAUGGGGGUCAUGUGCGGCUAACAUAGUACUUAGGAUUGCUGCCUUGUAGUAAUGGUAUAGGUUGGGGAUGCCUAGGCCGCCGUCUGUGAUCCUCCUCUGCAGGACCCUGGCGGCUACCCGGCUCUUUUUGUGUUGCCACGUAAAUUUCAGAAAUAAUGUGGUGAUCGACUUGAGGUAGGUGUUUGGUAGGGGUAUUUGUAGUGUUCGAAAGAGGUAUAGUAGUUUGGGGAGCAGUGACAUUUUGAAUGCUGCUAUGCGCCCUAGCCAUGAGAGGAACUUCCCCUCCCAUGAUUUGAGGGUGUUGUCGAUGUCUGUUAAGAGUUUAAUGUAGUUUGCGUGAUAGAGAUCUGUGGGUUUUUUCGUGAGUUUGAGUCCUAGAUAUGUUAAAUAGUCCGACCUCCAGUCUAGGGGGAACGCCUCCUUCAGUCUGUUUCUCGCCUCUUUAGUCACUCCUAUCGUUAACGCCUGUGUUUUGGAGACAUUCAAUUUAUAGUGGGAGUGGUGGCCAAAAAGUUCUAUUUGUCGCAUUAAGUUGGGCAUGGAUAUGAAUGGCUGGGUUAGGGUGAGGAGGAUGUCAUCUGCAAAUAUAUUUAGUUUGAAUUCUUUAUCUCCUAGAGGGAUGCCAUGGAUGUUCGGGUCUGACCUGAUUUUGGAUGCCAGUGGCUCCAAAGCCAGUACAUAAAGCAUGGGGGAGAGGGGGCAUCCCUGUCUGGAGCCAUUAGAGAUUUUUAUGGUCCGUGACGGGAAUCCUGCGUACAUAACUUGUGCCGAUGGGUCGUUGUAUAGUGCGUCUACCGCUGCCACGAACUUUGGGGGGAAGCCGAAUCUGUGGAGUACCCUGUUUAAGAAGGUCCAGUUGAGUCUGUCGAAGGCCUUCUCCGCGUCUAGGGAGACGAAUAGGCCACCCCUUCCCAGUUUUCUGGCGCUAUGCAUUAAGUUUAGAACUUUGCGUGUAUUAUCUGAGCCCUGUCUACCCUUCACAAAACCUACUUGGUCGUCAUGUAUGAGGUCCGGUAGGAUAGAUUUUAGUCUAUUGGCCUGAAGUUUUGCGAAGAUUUUGGCGUCUGUAUUGAGUAGGGAUAUCGGUCGGAAAUUUGGGCACGAGGUCGGGGAUUUCCCUGGUUUGGGGAGGGUGGUGAUAUGCGCUCGUAACAGUUCCGAUGGUAGUGAGUGGUUGUCUAUGGCGCUGUUAAAUAAAGUGGUCAGUGCAGGGGCCAGGACGUCCGCGUAUUUGUGAUAGUAUGUGUUCGCAAACCCGUCAGGGCCUGGCGCUUUACCCGUCGGGAGAUUUUUUAUUGUGUCCCUUACUUCUUGUUGGGUGAUAGGGGCUGAGAGAGCUUCUUUGUGCUGUUGUGAGAGGGUUGGCAAGUGGGCAUCUUGUAGGUAAAUGUCCAUCUGUGUGGGGGUUUUUAGGGGCGUCAGUGGGUCUUUCUUUAGGUUGUAUAGGGUUUCGUAAUACGUGGCAAAUUCGUCGCAGAUGUCUUUCGGGGCAACCAACUUGUUUCCUUGUGAGUCCUGUAUGUGUGCUAUUUUAGAUGUUGCCUGUCUGUCUCUGAGUUUUUGGGCUAGUAUUUUGCCCGCUCUAUUGCCCUGGGAGUAGUGAGUGGCUUUCAAUUUCCGUAGUGAGUAGCCCAUUCUCGUAAUUGCGAACUCCUGUAUUUUGUCUUGUGUAUCUGAGAUUUGGCUUUUUAACUCUGGCGAUGGGCUCGUUUGGUUUAGUUUGUUGAGGUCGUGUAGUUGUUUGUACCAUGUGACCUUUUGUGCGUGGGACGUCCGUUUGAGGAAAUGUGCUCUUUUGAUCAGUUCCCCACGUAUUACGGGUUUGUGGGCUAACCAGGUGAUCUCCGCUGAGAUCUCUGGUGCGGUGUUUUCCUUAAAGUAGUGUUUAAGUGUGUUUUCUACGUGGUCUGCAAAAGUUUUAUCGUGUAGGAGUGUUUCGUUCAGCCGCCAGGGGCUUCUGUUGUGGCCCUCAAAUUUGUCUUUUAGUUCCAUAGUGAUAGGUGCAUGGUCUGACCACGUAAUAGUCUCUAUUGUGCAUUUAAGUACCUGUGUUAGAUGUUUUCCUUCCGUGAGGAACCUGUCAAUUCGCGUGUAAGAGUUGUGGACCGAGGAGAAAAACGUGAAGUCUCUCUCCUCUGGGUGGAGGACUCUCCACGUGUCGUAGAGAUUAUGUUCGUCUAGUAGUCUCUGGUAUGUGGUGCAUUGUCUCCUGGCUGGGUUGUUCCCUUUCGUAUUAGGACCUUUGGACAAGUCUAACCCAGGGUCUAGAAUGUGGUUAAAGUCUCCACAGAUUAUUAGCAUUCCCCUCUGGAUCGGUGCUAUUUUGGCUAGUGUUUUAUGCAGGAAGUUGCGUUGUUCUGAGUUGGGUGCGUACACGUUUGCUAUGGUGUAGGUAAUGUCAUUGAUUGUGCAUACCAGUAUGAUGUAUCGACCUUCCUCGUCUAUGACUAAGUCGUGUUCGGUGAAUGCUACUCGGUUGCUGAUUAGCACAGAGACCCCUUUCGUUUUGGAUUUUGCUGUAGCGUGUUGUUGGUAUGGGUAUGCGAGGGGUUUAAGGAGAUAUGGUUUGGUGAGAUGUGUCUCCUGGAGACAUACUAUGUCUGGUUGGGAUUUUUGGAGGUCGUGAAGUAAUAGGUGGCGUUUGACAGGGGAAUUUAGCCCCCUUACGUUGUGACUAUAUAUCUUCAUAAAGGGAGGGUCUGUGAGGGGUGCUAUCUGUAACGUUGUCAUCGUUAGAUUUGUGUUUUCCCCGAGUGCCCUUGUAUGUCUUGGUACUUGAGUCUAGUGUGAUGUGUAUAGGCAGUGGUGCCGUGGAGUAUAUACUUGCUGUGUUGCUGAGUGGCUGCUCUGGCGGAUCCGCGUGAGGCACAUCCGUGACGGGUCGCGUUGUUCUCCUGGCUCUCUGUGUCUGUACUGGAACGGUACGGUUAUGCAGGUACAUAUCCUUGGAUUGUCUAGUGUGGUCUGGGUAGGGGAGGGAGGAUAAGAGGUUAAUACAGGAAAAUAGAAAAAUAGAAAACAGUGCGGUAAGGACCGCAGGGCCCAAGGUGGGCUGAGUACCCAGGUUGGGUACCAUGGAGGUAGGCAACAACAAAAACAUUAACAAAUAUCUUGUGCGAUUAGCCCUAGCGCUUAUCUCAAUAGUUCUGCAUACCACGUGAAGAUAUAGUUAUUUCAAAAACAUAAACAAAAACAUUGUUUUUUUUUGUGUUUUUUUUUUCUCAUUAACUUAGUUCCACAGGUCUCUGUCCGGGCUACUCUCAUAUGAGAGGCCAAUUGGUCUAUGCGUCCCCAAUCUUCCCUUGGGUGAGUUGAGGGGAUGGGUGACCCCCAUGGCAGAACUUUUUUUUUUUUUUAUUAAAAAAGGGCCGCUGGCAUUGAAGAGAUCGUGGGAGCAGUUAACCAACUGCUGUGUAUAUCUGAGGUUAACUAUAUGUGGGUAUUAUUUAUUUAUUUAUUUAUUUAUUUUUUUUUUAUUUUUUUUUAUUAGUCAUAACUAUGAGUAAGUUUUAAGCUAGAGGUGUCAUAGGGUGUGGGGUGAAAAUACCAGUUAGGGAAUUCCUCAAUCAGGUGGCAUCGCCAUUCAGUCCUGUAUCUGUACUCUUUAAAACUGGAUAUGGGCUGAUGGAGUUUGGGUUACUUCUUCGCCUUCUUCCAGUCCUGUCUCAAUCGCUGUGGUGAGGUUGUGCGUCCGUGUUGUUUGCGAAUUGGUAGGUCCCAUUGUUUCAGGGCCCUCAGGCCUUCCUCCGGCGUUGUUACAUGUGUAAAGGUGCCAUUGCGCUGGAUAAUCAGGCGCACCGGGUGACCCCAUCUGUAUGGGAUCUUGUUGUCCCGCAGCGUUUCCGUAGUCUCCUUGAACUCCCUUCGGCGUUGUAGGGUGGCUGCCGAUAGGUCAGCAUAUAUUUGUAGAUGGCCAUAUUUAGCUGGAAGGUUUGUGCGGUUCCUGGCAGCUUUGAGUAUGGCCUCUUUGACAUGAUAAUAAUGGAGAUGGGUCAGCGUAUCUCUCGCCGCCUCGGCUGGUAGAAACUUCGGUUUGGCCACCCGGUGGGCCCGGUCCAGCAGGAUCAUCUCAGUCGGUAUUUCUGGUAUUAGACACUUGAAAAAACCUGUCAGGAAUUCAGGUAUUUCAGCUUGCGUUAUCGAUUCCGGUAUGCCCCGGAUUCUCAGGUUCUGUCUCCGUGACCUGUCCUCCAGAUCUGAGAGUUUGAGCUGGGCUGAGGUGAGUUUCUGUUCCAGGGCUUUAACGUGGUCUGUCAGGUCAUUAUGGGCCUCUUCAUAUUCGCCCAUGCGGUUUUCCACGUGGGCCGUUCUUUCGCCCAGCUCCUGGAUGUCCUUGCCCAUUGCAGUGACCGAUGCUUGGAUUUUGUUGAGCAAUUUGUCGGACAUUUCGUCCAGGCAUGCUCUCAGGAACUCCUGUGUCACGGGGAGAUUCCCAGGGUCUGGUGAGUUAUGGAGGGGGAGGGUAUCGUCUCCGCCGCCAUCUUGGUCUGCCUCAUGCUGGCCCUGGGCUCUGGAAGGUGCGGGUCUCGCCGCGAAGAAGCCCGAUUUUUCAGCCCUGUCAGGGAUUUUCUUACCCUUCUGCUGCGACAUGCUUGUGGGGCGAGUGAUGCCGGGUUUCGUUUCGCGGUAUGCUGGGUUUAGUCGCUUCGUGGGCUAAUCUAGGAGCGGAGCACUAGUGCCGUGCGACCAUCCGCUUCAGCGUGCAGGCCACGCCCAAAAUAUUUCACAUUUUAAUUUUAUUUAGUCCUUGUAUUUUGUGACCUGUAACUUUCAACAUAAGCUGAAUUCCUAUACAUAUUAUGUACUUUAUAUAAUUCAAGACCCCUACAUUGAUUUAUUUUUAAUUUUCCUAUGUGGGACCUGUUAUACACCUGUUAUUGCCAAAACUGUGGGGGAAGUUGUUUUAACCCCUCCUAUGUUUUUGUUUUUUUGUUGUUGUUUUUUUUUAUAUGUAUAUGUGACAUCAAAUUAAAUCCCUUUCUACCCUCUCUUAUUGUGUUGGUGCAAUAAGUGUGAGAGAUGCAAAUUGCAGUUGAACAGAAACAGCAAAAAUGGCUUGUGUCCUUAAGGGUAAGUCAAGCUUCUAAAGCUGUGUCCUUUAAGGGGUUAAUAGAAAUACACCAGGCAGUAAAUAAAAUAAUGUACAAGGAAAAUAAACCCAAAUAGAGUCAAAACUAAUAGUGGAACACCACUAGACAAGAUAGAAUGCAUUUCACAUCUUACAGGACGCACUUUAGCAGUUUGCAUAUUUAAUUAUUUUGCUCCUUAAUUUAGUUUUUUUUCCCUGCAACAUUGGGGAAGCGGCAAUUUUCAAAUUUUACAUUGCUUUGGAUUGAGCAGGGUUGAUUAAAGGUGAUAGAGCUGUGUGUUCACUUAAUUAAAGGUGGUUCUAUACCUCUUAUUCAAUUUUCUCUUCAAGGCUCCCAAGCCAGGACCUUUUGUGAAAGAAAUGAUGGACGCUGCCACAUUUUAUACCAACAGAGUGCUGAAGGAAUACAAAGAUGUGUAAGUAGCACUUUUGACAGUGUAAAGGAACACUGUAGGGUCAGGAGCACAAACCUGUAUUCCUGACCCUAUUGUGUUAAAACCACCAUCUGGCCCUCUGUAAAUUGUAGAAAAAUCUUACUUGUAUUCAUGUCUGCAGCUGCUGACUCUGUCUCUAUAUGCUGACAUCAGCAGAAGUGGUGGUCUGAGCCAAUCACAAUUCAUUGGCUGAGACUGUCAAGGAGGCAGAGCCAGCACAAGUCAAAGACAGCCCUGGCCAAUCAGCAUCUUCUCAGAGAUUAAUCAAAUCAGUGCAUCUCUAUGAGGAAAGUUCAGUGUGCAUUCAGAGGGUGGAGAUGCUGAAUGGUAGUAGCCAUCUGACGAGUGGCCAGUGGAGUUAUCACACUUCCACACAUUUGAACUGGAUAGAAAGACACAUUAAAAUUAAACAAAUCCUAGUGUGAAUCUUUCACACUCUUUUGAUCCUGGUAAAGAUCAGUGGCCAGCAAGUACUGCAGUGUACUAGUAAUAUCCACGCUGCGCCAGAAAUUCAGCCAUUUCAUUCCACUGGAAAUUCUAUAAAGAGCGUAUUCUUAAUGUGUGUAUUGUCUUAAUAUACAGAUGUUUACCCAAAAAGGGGGUCCUGUGUUCCAGUAUACAUGUGCUGUACACAUUUUAGAGAUUGUCUCUUUAUUUUACUUACAAUUUUAGUAUUCCUUUAAACACAAAUUAUAGUAGUGCUAGCUUAAUAUGCAUCAUAUAUCAUGGCAGGAGUAAGAAUCAUGUGGACUGGGUUCGGGCAUAUUUGAACAUUUGGACAGAGCUGCAGGCCUAUAUAAAAGAGCAUCACACAACUGGCCUGAGCUGGAGCAAGACUGUGAGUAUAGUGGUUAAAAACAUACCAUUUUCAAAACUGGCUACAUGUAUCCCUUAUUGUUUGUGGUAUGAUCUUCCUAAUCUUUCUUAAAUAAAGGGACCGAAAGCUGGAAGUGCCCCUUUAGCACCAUCUGCUCCUUCAGCUCCAAAAGUGGGACCAGGACCUCCACCUCCUCCACCAGGCGGCCCACCACCACCACCUCCUCCACCAUCAUCUGCUCCUUCACAAGCUGAUGACACUGUGACUCGCUCCCAGCUAUUUGCAGAACUCAACAAAGGAGAGGACAUCACCAAAGGUAAGACAAGUUAUUCUGGUUCCCAAUGGUAAGCUUAACUGGGAGAGGUGUUAGAGGGCACGGAUUUGGACAAUAUCUGGGAAAUCAUGUGUAAAGUCUUCCAUCUGUGUUAAUAUUUAGGAGCAAUCAAAUGUUUUCAGGCAGGUUUUUUAUCGAUGUAACACUAUGCAGUUUGUAUGCUUGUCAUUUAAGUAAAGAAUAAAAAAAUUACAAAAAAAAAACCUGGUUCCUGGUAUGGACCACAUACUAUGAAAACUGUAUCUUUGUAUGCAUGAACAUAAGAAUAUGAACCACAAUUAUGGAAGAGUUUGACGCAAAUGUUGUUGUACCUAUUUAUUUUUCCUUUUUCUAUUUUGCUUCCCCCUCCAUUCAGCACUCAAACAUGUUCCAGAUACCAUGAAGACUCAUAAGAACCCUCUUCUAAAGAAAGUGGGAGGACCCAAACCUUAUACUACUCCGAAGCCUUCUGUUUUCACUUCAGGCAAACCAGUUGCAAAGAAGAAGGAACCAACUGUUUUGGAGCUGGAGGGCAAGAAAUGGAGAGUGGUAAGUGGUUACUAUGUACAGGCAUUUUGACAUGGGGUAUGUAGUUACAUUUGGAGGAGUUUGUUUCGCAGAUUCCGUAGUUACAGGACCACUAAAGCCACCCACACCACGUCACCUCAAUAAAAUGGUCUGGGUGCAGUGGUCCAAUCAUUUUAACUCUGCAAUGUAAUACAUUACAAUGUUGUAAACUGCAAUGUUUACAUUAUGGGUUAAAGACACAUAAUGUCUUGCUUUCUGACAGACACUGUAGCUGCUUCUACUGCACUAACCUAGUAAAAAAUUGGUCAAGUGCCGCUGUAGCUCAUAGGGACGUAUUGUAUGUACACAAGGUGUGAGGUGUUCGCCAUGUAAGCCUCAGGUCCCCUAUGCUCCUCUAUAAGGAGUGUUGGUUUUCCACCUGCGGAGGAAGAAAACCUUAAUUUUUAGGGCAGUGGUUUAUUUGAAAUAGGGACAAGUUUGCUAUAGUGUUCCUCUAACAGGGACAUAAAGGUGUGUGUGUGUGUGUGUAUCUCCACACUCCAUUCCUUUAAAUAAUUUGGAAUGUAGCCUUAAUUAGUCUUUGAACAUGGUGUAUGUUCACUUCUUUCCAAAAACCUUGCGUCUUUGCUGUCACUGUUUCAACCCACCAUGGGUCUUUUAUCAAGACAUUUCUAUAAUAAAGUGUCGGAAUAGGGCAUGUAAAGGAGGGAGUGGGUUGACUCAGCUGGGGAUGUCUGGUCAUGAGUUGGUGGUAUGAAAGUUUGUUUCCCCAAUCUAGCCGCUGAGUCUGGAAGUGUGUGCGUGUGGAUUUAGAAGAGGUUGGUAAACAGAUCAUGGCUCUCUAUGGUGGGGUUUGCUAUAAGAAUGUGUGGAUAGCCACCGUUCCCAUAGGGCCCAACCUUCCAUCUUUUUGUGAGGUCUCAAGGAGUUGGUGUGUGUAAUUUUUUCAUAUUGUCCGUUGGUAGUGAUUAGCGUAGUGAUAUCUAACAAGCGAGGCAGUUUGGGUGAUUUCCAUUUUCUAACAAUGAGUAGGUUUGCUGAGAUUAGGAUGUGGAAGACUUCUUUGUGCAAGAGUUGGUGUUUUGGGCAACAUGAACAGUACGAAUGUCUCAAUGGAGCGAGGUAUGGGUUUGUUCACUACUUCUAUUAGCAAAGUGGCUACCAUGUCCCAAUAGGGUUGUAUGGCCAGGCAUUUCCACCAGACAUGUGUCAUGUUGCCUCCUUUUUCUCCGCACCUCCAGCAUGUGUCUUUUAUGGUUUUAUAUAUUUUUGCUAAUUUCGUAGGAACCUGAUACCAUCUCGUUAAAAUCUUUCUAAGCAGUUCGAUGACAGAUUUAUGUGCGCUAAAGGCUGUAUGCCAUUUUCCCUUUGGAAUUGUGUAUUCCAGCUCCCUUUCCCAUGCAGAUGUAUAAGAUGGUAAAGAUGUCGUGCUGGCUGACAACGAGUCAUAGCAUAUUAAUCUUCUUUUGGGUAAUUGGCCUGUGCACAUUUUCUCAAGGAGUGUCAUGUUGUGGUGUUGGUUUACGUUCUCUGUGGUUUUGAGUUGUGUGCGGCGUGUGAACGCUUGAAUUUGCAGGUAAGAAAGGUACAACCUUGUGGGGAUUAUAGCUUUACGUUGGCCAUUUAUGAAACGGUCCAUCUGUCUCUGCAUAGUGGCAAAGAAUGACUUCGGGACGCCUAUUGGCAGGGACCUGAAUAGGAAUUGGAGUUUAGGGAGCAGGGUCAUCUUAAAAGCUGCUGCUCGACCCAGCCAGGACAUGUGUUUGCCCUUCCAUUUUUCCAUUUGUGUUCUAAUGGCUGUGGCCAGUUUCGUGUAGUUGGCUUUGAAGAGCUUGGUGGAGUUUUUUUGUUAUCACAACCCCUAGGUAGGAGAUAUAGUCUGACCUCCAGUCUAGGUCAAAUUGUUGUUUUAAUGUCUGUGUCUGGGGCAGAUUAAUUGGCAGUGCCUGCGUUUUAGUCUUAUUUAGCUUAUAAUAGGAGAUUUUGCCAUAUUCUUCUAUUAGAUCCAUAAGGACCGGGAGAGAAGACUCUGGUUCUGUAAUGGUUAGCAGCAUGUCGUCUGCAAAAAGACUAAGCUUGUGCUCGGUCUUGCUUAUCUGCACUCCCCUAAUAUCCUUCUUUGUUCUAAUUUGGGUUGCCAAUGGUUCGAGCGCUAGGACAUAGAGGAGGGGAGAGAGGGGGCACCCUUGGCGUGUGCCAUUAGUGAUGGAGAAUCCUUCUGACGUAAAGCCACCGUAUAACACGCAGUUGGUCGGCUGUAUAGGGCCUUUACUGCUGCCACAAAUUGGACCGAAAACCCGUAUUUUUUUUUUUUCCAAUGUGGCCUCCAUGAAGUUCCAACUUAACCGAUCGAAAGCUUUCUCAGCAUCUAACGAAAGCAGGAGACCCCUCUCGCCCCUCCGAUUCAUUGAUUCCAAUAUAUCCAGCACUCGUCUGGUGGGGUCAGUGCCCUGUCUACCUUUCACAAAUCCCGACUGGUCUGGGUGUACAAGAGCUGUAAGGACCACUGCCAUCCUGUUUGCCAAGACCUUAGCGAACAAUUUGGCGUCGGAAUUUGAGGCAGAUAGGGCGGAAAUUUUUGCAUCUGUCUGGGGCUUUACCUGGUUCAGGUAGGGUUAUGAUGGUAGCCCUCAACAUCUCUUGGGGCAAUUGUGCAUGGUGGAUUGCUUCAUUGAAGAUUGGAAUUUUUAUUUUUUUAUUUUUUUUUAUAUAUAUAUAUAUACCAAUAACACAUUUUAUUUUACUGGGUUAAUAUGGCUGGGAAUAUUUUUUAUUUUUUUAUUUUUUUUUUUUUCCAGUCUGCAAACCUUUUUUUUUGCAGUUGUACUUGAUGUAUUUGUUUUUAAAUGUAUUUAUAUAUUACUGCAAAAGUAACCUAAUCUGAAGUUUUAUACUAACCCAUAGUACAUGGGCCCCUAGGAAAAAAGUUGAUAGUUCAUUUAAAAAAAAAAAAAAGAGAAAAUUGAGGCAAGACGGUCCGUGAAGAGAAACGAAGCACAAAUAGCCUGAUAUUGGCUGUACGAACAGAUUCUUAUUUUCAAAAGCUACUAUUGUCUUCUGACUUAAAUGCCAACCAAAAUUUGAGGGGUGACAUUAACACGUGUCAUCAUAUUUGUAUUUUUUUUUUUUUUCAGGCUGCAAAGCCCUUGGGCAUAUAUUGGUAUAGGAAACUUUUUUCAGAGAAUUAUGAAAAAUGUAGGGUAAUGGUUAACAAGCCACUUAUAAAACUACUAGUUCUACAUUGGAAAGAAAGCACUACAUUGUUGAGAUUUGUUAAAAAAAGGUUAUUAAUCCAUCUACUGAUUUACACACAAAUACUGCAACUACACUCUCCUCUAUUUACAGGAGAACUAUGAGAAUGCUACUAAUUUAGAAAUCACGGACACUGAGCUGAAGCAAGUGGUUUACAUCUAUAAGUGUGUAAACAGUACUAUACAAGUGAAAGGGAAGAUAAACUCCAUCACUGUUGGUAAGAUAUAAUGGGGUGUAAACAGAAUUUCUAAGGUAGUGGAAAUUCAACAAAGUGGAUUGGCUGCACACUGAUAUGGUAAAGGAGAUUGAUAGUUAAUUGGUGGUCUUUCUUUAGAUAACUGCAAGAAGCUUGGCCUGGUAUUUGAAGAUGCUGUGGGAAUUGUAGAGAUCAUCAACUCAAAGGAUGUGAAGCUGCAGGUGAGAAAUACUCUGAAUUUAGGUGAGAGUUCUGAUAUAUCUAAUCAUAGUAAAUGUCUUACAACCAUUAAAGGAACACUCAAUGCUUUAAAGGAAAAAAAAAUGAUACCCGUGUCCUUCAGGCUUUUUAAUGUAAACACUGCCAAGGAACCUCUCUUGUUGCAGUCACUUGGGUCAGUGCACUGACGUUCAGCGUCUCCACCCUCUGCAUGGAGAUGCUAAACGCUUCUCAUUGAUUCAGUGCAUCUUUAUGAGGAGAUGCUGAUUGGUGCAUGAGCAAUAGCCUCCUAAUGCUUUCCUACGGGAAAGAAUUAGAUUGACUGAGAUGAUCAAUUUUUAUCACCGCCAAGGGGGCGAGACCAUCCACGAGGAGACUCUCCCAGCAUUGGAAAAAGGGUGAAUAAAAUCUCCUUUUUAGCCAGUGACAAGUGGGUGCAUAAACUAAUAUUUUAAAUUUAUAGUAUUAGAAAUACAUGUUUGUACUCUUGACACUAUAGUGUUCCUUUAAAGAAUUACCAGAUUUGAGUCUUCUUGCUGACUAUAUCAGUGUAAAGUACAUGAUUCAUUUAUCUUAAAGUAUGUUUUAGUUUCUGGUAUUUCCCUCUAAUUUUAAGCAUAUGACUUUAGUGUUCUCCUCUUAAAGUCUGGACCAAAUAAGUACCUUCUAGUACCUAUAAUGGUGUACCAUUAAAGCUAGGUUUUACAAGUUUAUGAAUAAACCACCACUGUCUUCAUAAUGUAAGCCUUUUUAUUUCUGUUCUCAUUCUAAUUUCUCUACGGUUUUAAUAAAAUAAUAAUCCUUAAAGACUUGUGAAUAAAGUACCAAGGCCACUUGCCUCUUCCAGAAAAGGAUGGGUAUGAUUCUAUACUGGUGAAGUAGGUGACCUCUCAUACUGUCCCAUGCUUACUGUGUUUUUAAGAGGUACCUCUCAUCUGUAAAGUUCUAAAUAUUACCCCUCCUCCCCCCAAUAAACUUUUGUGGUAUUUUGGCAGGUAUUGGGUAAAGUGCCAACAGUAUCUAUCAACAAGACUGACGGUUGCCAUGUCUACUUGAGUAAAGACAGUCUAAAAUGUGAGAUAAUCAGCGCCACAUCAUCAGAGAUGAAUAUUCUAGUCCCGGGCAGUGAUGGAGAGUUUGUGAGUAAUUUUUCCCAGCAGAGCCUCUGUACUUUUUCUCUUGCUCUCGUGUUUUUCUAAUGAAUUAAUUGUAAUCGGUCUCCUUCACAGAGCGAGUUUCCAGUGCCUGAACAGUUCAAGACUGUCUACAAUGGCCAGAAGUUGGUGACUACAGUGACAGAGAUUGCAGGAUAAAUGCGGCAUGUGUCCUCCAUGGCCUUUCUUGUUUUCUCUGCUGCUUCUCUCUUUUGAGGAUUACUCUAGCUGUAAGGUAGAAACCUCAUGCUCCCAGCUCUCUGCUGAAUAAUGUCCUGCUGUACCACACUUAAUUAGUGCCAGAAGCCCCGCGGAGACUUGCCCUUGCUAAUCUCUUGUUCAUUCUCCUUGUGCCAGUUUAAAAAGGGUUUUGGGAUUUCUACUUUCGCCAGAAUUGGGUGGAUGAUCAAUAAAUGGUUAGUUGGACCAAAGUAACAAAUAGGGGUAUUGAGCACUUUGUUGGUGGGUUUAAUACAUUUCUUGGUCUCAGACUGCACACUGGGCCUGUUUAGAACCUCUACCCUCUUGAAUCAGUCUUGGCCAUUCAUAUGAGCACUUCCAGAGUUAACUCUUUUUGUAUUCUACAAAAAACCUUCCGAAAUAUGCAACUUUUUUUUUUCCUGUAAUCAUUUUUGCUGAUCUCUUUUCUGUACUGAUGCAGAAACCAAUGUAAUGCCAAUGUGUACUGAACAUUUCCAAUGUGGUAAGCGGGUUUUGCUCUGAUAUUAAGGGAACAGGAGCAGCACCCACACAGACUGUGGAAUAGAAAUUGAGUUUACAAAUCAAGCAUUUUAUUAAAGAUUCAAAGUUAAGCAAAACGUUUGACGUGAUUUUGAGUUG